AUGGCUUACACCGUCACCGAUCUAGGUCGUGGCAGAUAUGAAAACCUUCGCACUUACCAUGUCUACAUUCAUGAAAGCCAAAUCAACUUCGAAGUCACCGUUACCGCCACAGCUUCCGUCGUAACAAACUGGCUCCAAAGUAUGCUCAAUCAUCAUUUUCAAUCCCUCCGCCACCUUCAAUACCUUCGCCGCAACCGUAAUCUCUGUAACCGUAAUCUCAUUGUCGGCCUUGGCGUUCAAUGGACUCCCGGCAACCUUGAUCCUCCCGCCGACACGCUACAGUUAUGCAUCAGUGGCAGCUGUCUUAUCUUCCACCUCUCUCUCGCCGAUAUGAUUCCGGUUAGUCUCUGCAACUUUCUCCGUCAUCCUAAGAACACCUUCGUUGGAUUCUGGAACGCUGCUGAUCGUAGAAGGCUGGAGAGAUUUGAUCAUCGCUUGCAAAUGUGGAAAGAUCCUCAGGAUCUGAGGCAUUACAGGUUCAAUGGUGAAAAUCUUUCACGUGAAUCGAUAAAUGUAAUUGUGAGGAAUUGGCUUGAUUUCGAAGUGGAUCAGAGUGUACAAGUUGGAAGGAGCAAUUGGAAUGCAGAGAAUCUUUAUGAAGAUCAAAUUGCUUAUGCGUCCAUUGAUGCUUAUUGUGCUUUUAGUAUCGGAAUUCGCGUUCAAGCUUGGAGGUACCGUUAA